ACAUCCGGUAGUUUGUUCUUUCGGCCAGCAGGGGUCGCACUGCGAUGAGGAGAAAUGGGAUCAUCUGUGUUCUGCGGUUUUAGUUUUGCUGCGUCUUUUUCCCCUGAGUUUUUUUCUUUCUAAGAUUUUUUUUCUCCACAAUUCGGCUUAAAAUCCAUAAUUCAUCACUCCUGUCACAAACAUGACUGCGUCGGCCUCACAUUGAGUGACAUUUGGAGUUGAAAGGGAGGGAAAAAAAAGACGGAUAAAAAGGAGAGCGACCACCACCACCACCACCAGCACCACCUCCUCCUUUUCUUGCUAAGGCCUGAUGUCGAUGCGAAGUCCAACCAUGAGCGUCUUACCACCCGUUCGCAAGGAUCGCAUCAUCCCGCAGUUCCCUCACUGUUUCCGCGAAGAUGCUGCGCUCCACAUCGAGCGCGACUUCAACCCCAAAGUGAAGGCGGCGUGCCAGGAGCAGCGCACCGGCACGGUCGGGUUUAAAAUCGCCAAGGUCAUCGUGGUGGGCGACUUGGCCGUGGGCAAAACCUGUCUGAUUAACAGGUUUUGCAAGGACGCUUUUGAUAAGAACUACAAGGCCACCAUCGGCGUGGACUUCGAGAUGGAGCGCUUUGAGGUGCUCGGCGUCCCUUUUAGCCUGCAGCUGUGGGAUACGGCGGGUCAGGAGAGGUUCAAGUGUAUCGCUUCCACGUACUACAGAGCAGCACAAGUGGUGAUUAUCGUGUUCGAUGUUACCGACAUCGCGUCUUUGGAACACAGCAGGCAGUGGCUCGAAGACGCCCUGAGAGAAAACGACCCCACGGCCGUUCAACUCUUCCUGGUUGGCACCAAGAAAGACCUGAGCUCUCCCGCUCAGUAUUCUCAGAUCGAACGAGACGCCCUCCAGGUGGCGCAGGAGAUGCGAGCCGAGUAUUGGACCCUGUCAUCGCUCACAGGGGAGAACGUGAAGGAGUUCUUCUUCCGGGUGGCGUCGCUGGCGUUCGAAACCAACGUCCUCGCCGAGCUGGAGAAGAGCGGAAGCAGGCAAAUUGGCAACAUCGUCAGAAUCCAGAGCAACAGCAGCCAUCUGUCCAAGAAGAGGAAGCAGCCGGCCUGCUGUCAGUGACGCCGCCUUUCGCGGGCGCGCGAGGGGGGGCUCGGGUGGGAGGUACGCGCGUCACUGCGGUGGACGCCACAGAGGGCAGGCGUGACGUUGUCCUGGCCCAAAGACCGCUUUUCCUCACUUGUGAGUCCCCGUGCACAUCGGGAGUUGAACAAAAUGUGUCUGCGCUCUCUUAGCCGAUAUCGAUUGGUCAGCCCAAAUGUCUGUCGAGCGAAUCACAACUUCGGUGUGAUCAAAAAGGCGUGAAACAUGUUUUUUUUUUUCAUGAGAGACCCCCCGACUGCCGCCACUGUGCCAAAGACAUUCCCGCGUCGUGAACAAACGUGCGCGGGACUUGCUCUUUCAAACAAAUGAGCCACCGACAAGGGGGAAAACGGCACGGUGGUUUUUGUCAUCCGCUUUUCAAGAUUCGCCGUCCGUUCUAGAAAGCAAACAAUUGUCGCCUUCCGGUAAAAAGAGGCCAACUUUAUUGGGAACUUCAACGAGCGUUCCAAAGGGAGCGAGCGCCUUUUCAAAUGGCGCCGCCAUGACCGUCGUAUUUGCAAAGUCCACAAUAAAAUGUUUUCUUUGAA